AGGUGACGCCGGCGGAAGCGGGGAUCGGAGCGGGGCAUGGAGGCGGUGGCGGAGGAGCAGCGGCAGCAGCUGCGCAGCCUGCGGGACUUCCUGCUGGUGUACAACCGCAUGACCGAGCUCUGCUUCCGGCACUGUGUCUGUAACCUCAACUACCGGCUGCUGACCGGGCGUGAGGAAUCCUGCCUGGACAGCUGUGCCUCCAAGCUGGUGCACUCCAACCACCGCCUCAUGCGCUCCUACGUGGCUCUGAUGCCAGGCAUCCUGCAGCGCCGUGCGGCUGACUCAGCAUCCCAAGACCCGGCGCUUCCCGCAGCCCCCCCUGACCCCCCGGCGGCUCCCAGGACGGGCACGUAGCAGGUGGGUGGCCCCAGGAUGGAUCCAGGCCUGGUGCUGGGCUGAGCCUGCCCACACUGAGCUGGAGCUCCUGCUGCUCCGGACAUGGCCAUGCGGGUCUGCGGCCUCCGUCAGGAUUGGGACCCUCCAUCGGGAUCAGGAAUGUGUCAGCAGCUGCCAGGCCUGUCCGGUGGCAGUGGGAAGGGGAUGGCAGCGCCAGUGCCUCCAGUGGGGGAUUCCCACCCACACUUGGUGCUGGUGGCUCCGUGCUGGGCUCUGGCUCCAGCCCUGGGCCUUGGAUUCUCAGGAGUGUUUUCCUCAUGCUAAUAAAGUGUCUCACCCCCAAUGUCUGCCA